AUGGAGCUAAUGGGAUCCACCCUGACGGCGGAGUACACCCGACCCAAAACCAGCCAAUUCUUCCCAGCCAUCUCCAACAUGGUGUCCUCCUACCGGAGCAACCAGCCUUUGCUGGCCAUGAACCCCAGUGCCAACCAACCCUGGAGGACUAACGCCUACUACCGCACAGGCAGCACUGCCGCCAUCCCCUCCCUCUCCUCCAUCCAGAGGGAGAACCUAGGCUUCGACCUGGUCCGGGCCAAGACCAUGUUCUACCCGUCAAACCGGUCAGCCAUGAUCACCCGCUACACCCCAGACGACUGGUACAAGUCCAACCAGAGCAACUACCGUGAGUCGGAGUCGUCCAGGAACAGUGCUGAGCGGCUGAGGAGGGAUACCAUCAGGUUGAUGCAGGAUAAAGAGCAGCUGACCAGGAGGACCCAGGAGACCACCAGUAAGAACAUCGGGGAACGCCUCAACGACAUCAGCUUUUGGAGGUCAGAGUUGAACCAUGAGAUAGACAACAUGGUGAGCGAGAUCAUGGCCCUCACUGAGGUGAAGAGAAGGCUGGAGAGAGCCAUGCAGGAGACCGAGGGGCCUCUGCAGGUGUCCCAAGAAUGCCUGUAUCACAGAGAGAAGCGAAUGUCCAUUGAUCUGGUUCACGACAACGUGGAGAAAGAUCUCAUAAGGGAAGUGGAGACCAUUAAGUCAUGCCAGGAGAGGAUGAGGAGACAUCUAGACAAAGCCAUCGCUCAACUAGCGUCAAACCGAGCAGCUCAACAUGAGCUGGAGAGAGACCUCAGUGACAAGGUGACAGCCCAGAGAAUAGAUAAUAGGUGUCACCAUCUCAGGAAUGCGUCAGAUGGGAUCAACUACUACAGAGGGAUCGAGAGACUGGACCCAUCGCUCUCCCUGCCCGACUCGUGGUCAAAGUUCACGGAUGACAACAUCCUUCACUCCCAGAGCGAGCGGGCUGCUUCCCACAAGCUGCGUGAUGUUAUUGAGAUCCUGCUGAACGCCACGUCCAACGAGAUGUGGAAACAUUUCAACACGGUCAACGUGGCCUUCACCAACCGCAUGUCAGAGACCGCCGACGCCAAGAACAGCCUGCAGACACACCUGGCUAAGACCCUCCAGGAAAUCUUCCAGACAGAGAUGCUGAUAGAGAGCCUGAAGAAGGCUCUGAGGGACAAGGAAUGCCCCCUGAAGGUGGCCCAGACCAGGCUGGACGAGAGGACACGCAGGCCCAACGUGGAGCUCUGCAGGGACAACCCACACCACAGACUGGUGGGAGAAGUGAGGGAGAUAGAGGACACCAUCCACAAGCUGCGUGAGAGACUGAUGGAGGCAGAGAACACCCUGCAGAAGCUGGUGAAGACCAAGGCUGCCCUGGAGCAUGACCUGUCCAUCAAGGCUAACUCCUUGUUCCUGGAUCAGGAGAAGUGCAUGGGCAUAAGGAAGAGCUUCCCCAGCACCCCACGCCUGGUGGGAUACACCUAA